GCGACGCUCGUUGUUUGUAUUUACAUCGCGGCGUAUUCAAAUGGCUUCGGUUUUAAUUUGAGAAAUUUUCUUCAAGUUUUUGCUGUAUAUCUCGUGAAUUGUGGCUUGAAUUCACUGAAUUUAAGAUGAAUCUUCAGCUACUGGAAUCGUUCGGUCAAAACUACCCGGAGGAGUUCGAUGGUUCGCUGGAUUGCAUCUCCCUGGCGGUAACGUGUGCCUUCAACAAGUACGGGACCCUGUUGGCGGUCGGUUGCAACGAUGGCCGUAUCGUCAUCUGGGACUUCCUAACCCGGGGGAUCGCCAAGAUUAUAUCCGCCCACGUCCACCCGGUGUGCAGUUUAUGUUGGUCCCGGAAUGGUCACAAGCUGCUCUCGGCCUCGACGGACAAUAAUGUUUGCAUUUGGGACGUGAUGAGUGGAGAUUGCGAGCAUAAGUAUCGAUUUCCGUCUCCGAUUUUGAAGGUUCAGUUCCAUCCGAGGAAUGAUAACAAAUUUCUGGUUUGCCCCAUGCGAUACGCGGCAGUUUUGGUGGAUAUUGGCGGGAAGCAUCAAUGUUUGCCGUUGGAUAAUGAUGGAGAUUUGAACAUCGUGGCGUCAUUCGACAGACGAGGGAUUCAUAUCUAUUCUGGUAAUGCCAAAGGGAAAAUUCUCGUAAUGAAUUCAAACUCGUUGGAAAUUGUGGCCAGCUUCAAGAUUGCCGUCGGAACUUCCAGUGCAACGGCGGUGAAAAGCAUAGAAUUUGCUAGACGUGGCGAAGCAUUCCUUGUGAAUACAUCGGAUCGCGUAAUUCGAGUUUAUGAUUCGAAGGAAGUCGUGGCCUGUGGCAAAGAAGGCGAACCAGAGCCAAUUCAGAAACUUCAGGAUUUGGUCAAUAAGACUACGUGGAAAAAAUGCUGCUUCUCUGGAGAUGGCGAAUACAUUUGCGCUGGGAGUGCUCGCCAACACGCAUUGUAUGUGUGGGAGAAAUCUAUCGGUAAUUUAGUGAAAAUUCUGCACGGUACAAAGGGAGAACUGCUGCUUGACGUCGUUUGGCAUCCCGUUCGUCCAAUUAUCGCCAGCAUAAGCUCGGGACUGGUUUCCAUUUGGGCUCAAAAUCAGGUUGAAAACUGGUCUGCAUUUGCGCCGGAUUUCAAAGAACUUGACGAAAAUGUAGACUACGAAGAGCGAGAGUCGGAGUUCGACAUCACUGAUGAGGACAAAUCGGUAGACUUGGCUGCCGAAUCGAAACAGGACGAAGAAGUGGAGGUCGACGUGGUGUCCGCUGAACCGAUAGCUGCCUUCUGUUCGUCAGAUGAGGAAUACGAAGAUGAACAUGCGUUGCAGUUUCUGCCCAUCGCUCCUGAGGUUGAAGAUCCCGAAGAUGGUUGGGGUUCACAGGACAAUUCGGAUCCACUAGGUACGGGAUAUAACAACAAUUCCGGACACGAUGCGAUGUCGAUGAAGGAGAACGAACCAGCGUCGAAGAAACGGAAGGCAAACUCUUACGAGAUUGCUCUCGACAAUGCACCGGUUGAAGAUGUACAUCCCCUGAAUCAGAACAAGGCUAACAAAGAUAAGGUAACCGCAGCCAGUAGAAAAGCAGCUGGCCGCCCUAAGAAGUAAAUUGAGUUCAUAGGUAAUUAGUUAGGUAAGUCCAUAGAUGAUAUGAAAUCACAGACAGUUAUAUUUUGACUCACAAUUCCCGCCCUCUGAAGCAAUUGAGAUGAUCAAAUUCAGAAUGGGCAUCAUCUGGAGGUUCAUUUAGAAAUCCAACUUAGAUAGUAGCUUUUGCAUUAUCGAUUGUAAAUAUACCUUUCCACUCAAGAG